UUCACUGCUUUAUCAUACUGCCCAACUAUACAGGGCUGGGAAAGGGUGAAUUGAGAACGUGAAAGAAUAGUGGAGCCCGUGAACCCUCUCGUCGGCGCCUAUCGAACGCGUCUCAGACUGUAAGCGUGCAUUUCCGCGCAGGGCGAACGAGACGCUCCGCCCCAAGGCAUUCCUCCACUACCACACACCUUACACGCUUCACCUUUUUCUCCCAAGGCCCUCCCUCCCUUCCUCUUGGCCCAAUUCCCCUCCUCUCGACUGCUCCUUUCCCUUUCGAGACCCUGAGGACCCUCUUCUCCUUCUUUUUAUCUUUUCACAACUACCCUUUUGUCCCAUAAGAAACGCGGUGACGCGAGUUCUUCGAGACCGGACUUCUCCUCCUACUGACAAAGUUCGCACAGAAAAAGGGAGAGUUUGCGAGGCUUUAACACUUGGAGAACGUCAUGGAUUCCUCUCCAACUAGACUCAGCAUGGCUCCUGCUGCGGGCGUGAAGCGUCCGGCAGCUCUGCUACCUGCCUUCGAGCCAUUGAGCUCGUCUCCCUCCCUUCCGAGGCCUACCAAGCGUGUAGCACGCGAACCCGCCUAUCCUACCCCCGUGCCAACCUCUUCAACUCAUAUCAUGUCGUCUUCGCCACCCGGUAUCGCGGCUUCCGGUCGGCCUUCAGCGCGUCGUACCUUCUCCGGUCCCGUGGAGCGGUCUCCCUUGUCCGCGGUCCCAACUAUCAUGCUGCCCGAAAGCGGCGAGUCUAUGCUCAUGGGUCGGUCGAGUGCUUCGUGCCAUCAUCAGCUAGCUGCUAGCCGAAUGAUUUCUCGUGUCCAUGUCAAGGCUACCUACAAGCCGGCGCCAAACCCUUUUGACCGCGACAGGGUUGAGAUUAUGUGUAUGGGCUGGAAUGGAAUCAAGAUUCACUGCCAGGGAAAGAAGUAUGAUUUGGCCAAGGGAAAGACUUUUACGUCGGAUAUCAAGGAUGCAGAUAUCAUGAUCGAUGUUCAUGAGGCGCGUGUCUUGGUGCAGUGGCCGCGGAACGAAAAUGAUAGGAAAGAUUGCCCGUCGACCGACUCGGAACAAACUUGGGAUGAAGGAACACCAACUCAGAAAAACCCCCGCCGACUGCUUCCCGAUAGCCCCUUCGUCGGAAAUCAGCGUCUGGGUUCUCCUGUUUCGCCAUCGCCUGCCGUGCAACAUGCCAUUCCUCCGUCCUCGCCUAUCUUUACGCCCUCUCGUGCUCGUGGCUCCGUCGUGGUGUAUGAGGACGAGCCUUCUCCAUUGAAGCGUCACAACACUGUCGGCGGGUUUACUUCGCACAGUGCUCGUCGUGCUAGUGCAAUGCUGCAGAUCUCGCAGUCUAGUGAUAUCAGCAGACCCGAGGAUGAAUCUGAUAAUGACGAGGAAAAUGACCCUAUCGUCCACUCAUUCGGUCCGUUUGGCGAGAACUUGCUUCCUCGGAUGGCCUCCUUCCACGCCGGAGGCUCUCCGGUUCGCCCCGUCCUGUCGCCUCUCAACAGGAGGGCGCCUCAGUCUCCUCAGCAUAUCAAUUCCAUUAAGCAACCUCACGCCGAGGAUCAAAAGGAAGAGAUUGAGGUCAAGGAGAAGACCAAGGAAGAAGAAGAGAGCUUUGAAAGAGUUCGCAACCACACCGUGAAUCAGCUCGCUUUCUCCCGCCUAUCAUCGACUCCCUUCUCCACUAUUCUGAAUAACCUCCCCCCUUCAUAUUGGAAGUCGAAUUCGAGCAACACCUCUGGCCCAUCUCGCUCCGAUAUACGCGCAAUUCUAGAAACCACCAAGUGCAUCGGCAAGGUUGCACGUGAAGGCAAAGAUGCCGCUGGCCAGCCUCUGGAAAGCGAAUUCUACUACAUCCCCGACUUUGAUGAAGACAUCGGUCGCCGCGAGACUGUGGUCAACAACCUCCGGAAGCCUGGCCUCCGCAACUGCCGCAAGCAGCACAAGCAAUACUUCUGGAAGAAGCCGAAAUAAAUCGAAUAUCUCACGGAUCCGUUUUUCCCCUACUCUUCCCUUCUCGACUUCGGAUCGGCCCCUCUCAGUACAUAUUUGCAGUGUUCUUAGCGACCUAGUCUCCUCAGCUAGGUGGCUCGCAUAGCGUGGCGUGUGGCAUACCCUGACAUUUUCUUGUUUGAUGUUUAAUCCUUGCUAUCUUUGUUUUUCCUUCCCUUCUCGCUUUCAUUCCUCUUUCCCCUGCCUCCACAUUUUCUCUUCCGUUCCAGCAUGGUGGUGUACGAUGUGUGGUACUUUCGCAGCGCGCCGUGUCUCGCUCUUUUGUGUCCCUCUUGUGGACUUGUCCAGUGUUCCCCCCCCCUUGAUGUGUGAUGGUUUCCCCGAACUCGACGGCCGCUCAUGGUUUUGCUUUUGGUUUCGCUCUGACCGUUUGAUUUUGUUCCGGAUCGAUUAUCUUUGUUUGAUUAUAAUACCUGCUCGGUCUGUUUUCUUCAUUCGUGGUGAAGUGUUAUUUUUCUGCGCAUAACUGUUUUGAAUGGGACUUGAUAAUAUCAUGAACCCUGCUCGAAGUAUCUUUGCGAUAUUUGCGUUUUUUGUCUGGUUAUUCGGCCUUGCCCCUCUUCGGGGUUGAGAUGCCAUCACGAUUUGUAUGUUUAGCUUGUUCAAUUUCAAGUAAAAAAGUGUCAUUUAAUCAUCCGGCGCUUCG